ACAUAUUCAUUUGAAUUUCGUAUAAUUUGCCUCUAGGUAUGUUCCAAGUUAGGAAGAAAGAGGAGAGGCGACCUAGUAGCUUGCGCGAGGUGUUGUGGUUUUGAUGACUGUAACAAACGUCUUUGUGGCAUAAAAGAUGAUAAUAUAAACUCGUCUCAAUGUUAUUCUUGCGAUCACAGAACUUCCGAUCAAUCUGGAACGAAAGACCCAAUGAAAUGUGUCACAUUAGACACGUGCCAGCCUAACGAGAUGUGUUACGUCAACCAGGCCGACAUUGGCGGCACAGACUCGUUCUUCUAUGGUUGUAUGAGCAAACUGCGAUGCAAAAUUCUCAUGCAACAAUCAUACGAGUACCAUAAGGUCUGUGUGACUAACACCACUGCACUGCCUCUUGGAGUAACAUGGCAUGACUAUUGCGGAAACAUUGGCAAACGAUCAACAGAUCUAUGUCAUUCCUGCUGCGACUACGGCGGGUGUAAUUACGGAACAUGUAAAGAAUUAAACGUUCGGAUGUUUACACUGGCACUUAACGGGAAGUUUGACAUGACCACACUAAAACCUAUAUAAAUAUCAGAAAGGAGCUGUUGCAUGUUUUUGACAUUCUUUUUUAUAAGAAAAGUAAACAUGAC